CUUCCCUGUCGGCCCCGCCUUCCCCCCGCUGUGGUAGGCGGACAUCCGCCCGCCAUGGCGCUGGCUGAGGCGGUUCGUGGCCGGCUGGUGUCAUGGCCGCGCGUGGUGCUGUUCGGGGACUCCAUCACUGAGUUCUCCUUCCAGGAGGGCGGCUGGGGAGCGACCCUCGCCAACAGGCUGGUCAGAAAAUGUGACGUUGUGAACCGUGGGUUCUCAGGGUACAACACCAGGUGGGCCAAACUCAUCCUGCCGCGGCUGCUGGCUCCGGGUGCUGCUGCCGAGAGCACUGCUGCUGUCACCGUCUUCUUCGGAGCUAACGACAGUGCUUUGAGAGAUGUGAACCCGAAGCAGCACGUUCCUUUGGAGGAAUACGCCGCCAACCUGACGAGCAUGGUGCGCUACCUGAAGUCCAUCGGCAUCAUUGAGGACAGGAUCAUUUUGAUAACGCCGCCCCCUCUUCAGGAAUCAGCUUGGGAGAAGGAGUGCCUCGCCAAAGGUGACAAGCUGAACCGCCGCAACGUCACCACUGGGGAGUACGCGCAGGCCUGUGUUCGAGUGGCCAGGGACUGCGGGACUGAUGUGCUCGACCUGUGGACGCUGAUGCAGAAGGAUCAGGAUUUUUCUUGCUAUCUGUCUGACGGGCUUCACCUGUCACUGAAGGGGAAUCACUUUCUCGUGGGACAGCUCUGGUCACACCUGGAAAACAGACUCUCAGCUCUGCCUUCAUUGCUUCCUUACUGGCGGGACGUGGAUCCCCAGCACCCUGAGCUCACCCUGCUGGGAGGGGCCCAGGAGUGAAGCCCAGCCCAGCUGAUGGAGUGAGUGCAGGUACAGCUGCCUUGUACCUCUGUGCUCCUGCUGCUGGUGAUGAAGAUUGACGUGGACUGUCUGCUCUGUAAUCAUUUCUUCCAAUAAAGAUUGGCCGAGGGCUGGAAACGGCGCUGGAUGGACGUCGUCACCUUCCUGCUGCAGCUGCUGGCAACAAGCAGCGUGUGUGUGUGUGUGUGUGGCAGUGUCUGGAAUAGGGCUCAGAGCAGAGGAUGGGGUGUGUGAGGGCAGAGCUCUGCCCCCACCUCACAGGCUGUCAGCUGGAGGGGCCUCAUCUUUUACAAAACAGCUGCACACACAACUUUUGUGUAAUUGAUUUUAAUAUAAAAAGCUUUUACUGUACUGGGAAUUAAAUUAACUCCUCACA